GUCAAGUCCUUUAUGGAACUCAAGGUCAAGUCCUUUAUAUAGAGAACUAAUUAAGCUCCAAGUGCUAAUUAAGCAGCUCAUAAACCUCUCUCUAUCUCUAGCUAGCUAUGCCUCUCUCUCUCUCUCUGCCAUAAGCAUGUUCAAAAUUAUGUUCUUGGCGGUGGAAAUUUUAUUCUUCUCAAGCAUAUUAUUAGCAAAAGCUUCUCCUUCACAAUCCCAUUUCUCCAAAUUUUCUAGAUCAUCCGGAGGACUUUCCCAUAAAGAAGCCAUUUUAUCUCUCUGCGCACAUACCCCUCACCGAGCAACUUGUGAAUCCACUCUCCUCUCCUCCUCCUCCUCCUCAUCAUCAUCUACAAGAGGCUCUGAUCAUCUCCCUCAUACCCUAGAAGGUGCCUUUGUCCAGUCGGUCCAUUCCACCGUUGCGAAAGCUCAGCACGCUCGAGCUCUCGCCUAUAAUCUCACUAUUUCCCACCGCCAAAAUGCCGAUCAUGAUGUUCACUUCCCUGGUCGCGGUGUAAACGACUGCCUUGAGCUUCUCGAUGAUGCUAUAGAUAUGCUCGACAAUGUCAUGAUGACAUCGUUGUCAAAACCUAACGAUGACGACGUUCACACCUGGCUUAGUGCAGCUCUUACUAACCAAGAAACUUGUCUAGAGAGCCUCGAGAAAGACAAGUUCAAGACAGAGAAAAACAUUAUGGAUGUCACGGCUCAAAAUCUGAGCCAAUACAUAAGCAACUCCCUAGCACUUUUCGUGCUUACCAUGGGUAGCAGCAGUGUCUCCUUCGCUAGUAGUUCGGAGCAUUUACCUCGAGACACUGAGUCAAAGUCAAAGGAAGCUAAAAAUGCAAACCCUAAUAGAAGACUAUUGGCAUCGGACAGUAGUUUUCCGACGUGGGUCCCGGCCGCAGAAAGGAAGCUUCUAGAAGCUUCUGUUGGGGAGAUAGAAGCAGAUGCUGUGGUGGCUCAGGAUGGGAGUGGGACGCACAAGAGCAUUGGUGAGGCAGUGAAGGGGUUGCUGCUAAUUGGAUCCUUGGAGAGUAGUGGUACUAGUACUGGGGGGAGAUCUGUGAUUUACGUAAAAGCUGGGACAUACCACGAAUACAUAAUCAUACCCACGAAGCAAAAGAACGUGAUGUUGAUUGGUGAUGGAGUGGGGAAAACGAUCAUUGUGGGCAACAGGAACUCAGACGAUGGCUGGACAACUUAUAAGUCUGCUACUGUGGCUGCUAUGGGUGAUGGGUUCAUCGCUCGUGAUAUAACAUUUGUGAACGAUGCCGGCCCUUCCAAGCACCAAGCAGUCGCACUUCGAGUCGGUGCCGACAAAUCAGUCGUCCACCGAUGUUCCAUCAUAGGCUACCAGGACACCCUCUACACUCACUCCAAGCGACAGUUCUACCGAGAAACCGACAUCUAUGGAACCGUCGACUUCAUCUUCGGCAACUCAGCCGUGGUCUUCCAAACUUGCAACAUCCACCCCCGAAAACCGCCCUCCAGCGGGCUCAAGAACUUUGUCACAGCUCAAGGCCGAAGCAGCCCUAAUCAGAACACAGGCAUUUCAAUCCACAACUGUAAGAUAGCGGCAGCAUCAGACCUCUUCCCGGUGAGAUCCAGCUACGAGACGUAUCUUGGGAGACCGUGGAAGCAGUAUUCGAGAACGAUCAUCAUGCAGUCUUUCAUGGAUGACUCGAUAAAUCGAGCAGGGUGGUCUCCUUGGUCUGGUGGGUUUGCACUUAACACAUUGUACUAUGGAGAGUACAUGAAUUCUGGGUCUGGGGCAUUAACCUCAGGAAGGGUUAAAUGGGGUGGAUAUCAUGCAUCACUUACGUCCACUCAAGCACAAGCAUUCACAGUUGGGGGUUUCAUAUCUGGGAAUCUUUGGCUGCCUUCCACUGGGGUGUCUUUUAGUUCUGGACUAAUUGGAUAAGUUUGUAUAUCUAUGCUCUACUUUUAUUUAAGGUUUGUAUUUGAUUAGCUAGGGAACAAAAGGGUAACCUAGCUAGCUUGGCUUGUGUGGCUCUUGGUGUUUUGGGCUUCGUCCCUGGCCUUGAAACAAAAAACAAAAGAAGGCAACUCUUCAUGUUCAAGUACUCAUUGCUUGUGAUAUUUAAUCAUGUUAAUUUCUCUUUUCA